UGGUUAUUGUUGGUUAUGUUAUUGUCGUAGUUGAGAAUUUUGCGUGAUGAUGUCGCAGUUAGUUUCUGUUUCUCCGUUCUGUUCUGUCAUCUUCGUCCCUCUUAUUUUUAUUUAUCCAUCCACACGAAGUUAACAAUUUAAUUUGCAUGAUUAAUUGUCAUUAGCUGAUGCUGUUGAAUGAGAGUAAACGAGUGAGAAAUAUUUUACGAUGGACGGAUGGACUUAGGGAAUGAAAUAGACGCGAACAUUUUGGUUUUUUGUCAUUUUGUUGAUUGAUUGUGGAUUUAUAUUUUUACGAUGGUGGAGGAGGCGACCAGUCCUUGUCACAGACCCAAGAGCAAAACAGCCAGACCCAGACCUGUUUAUCUGUGGAAUGUACUCGACGUGCAGAAAUGGUUGAGGAGACACUGCAGUGAUCAUUAUCAGCUUUAUCACGAGAGGUUUUUGUACCACGACAUAACAGGACGCGUUUUGCUCAGAAUCAACGAGAACAUCCUGUUGAGACUGGGAAUCGUGAAUGAACAGCACAGAAUGGAUAUCUGGCGUGAAAUAAUGAAGCUUCAUCUUAAGACAGACAUCCUCGAAAUAAGGGACAUCGAGAGAAGGAAUAACAUGAACUAUGAUUGACUGAUUUUCAAUAUUUUUGAAUACAUCUCUUGUUGAAUAUUAUCGUAGAAGUAUCUCUUUUUUAUUAAAUCUCCAGUUUACAUGGA